GCCAACUGGAUCUCGAACAGGCCCGGCGGUGUCAACCUCACAUCACCCUUACCAAACACCCGUCAACCUCACAGAGUCCGAGACACGACAAUAUGACGACUCACGCGCAACACUUCGUUGUUCUCGGUGCCGGCGUCAUCGGUCUCACCACCGCACUGACGCUUAGAGCCGAAUUCCCAUCCGCAAAGAUAUCGAUCCUGGCAGAGUACUUCCCCGGCGACUACAACAUCGACUACUGCUCGCCAUGGGCCGGAGGUAAUUGGUGCUCCUCGGCCAACGAUAACGGCCUUCUCGAAUCUUUCGACCGUGUCGCUUUUGAGCGGUUUAAGAAGAUCGCGAAGAGCGCACCGGAAGCGGGGGUCAAGAGUUCGCCGCUGCGAAUGAUUUUCGACCAAAAGAUCGAGGAUGCAGGAAUUCUGAGCGUAGGAACUGGCAAGCUGUGGUACGAUGACUUGGUCGGGGGUACUGUGCCACUUCGUACGGAGGAGUUGCCUGACAAGGCUGUGUUUGGACUAGAUGUACCUAACACGUUUGUGAUCAACACUCAAAUCUACUUGCAGUGGCUUCUUGAACAAUGCAGGCAGAGCAACGUUGUUCUGGUCCGUCAGAAAAUUGGCCACAUCAACGAGGCUCGCAUCUCUUCAGAUGUCACCACUAUCUUCAACUGCACCGGCUUAGGAUCCUACUCUCUUGGUGGAGUGGAGGAUAAGUCCAUGUAUCCGACUCGAGGACAAACCAUCUUGGUCGAGCAGCCGAUUCAGCCUCUCAAGAGGAUGUACUUCCGUUCCCCUCGAAGGGUAGACAACGACACCACCUACAUUUUCCAGAGGCCUCUAGCAGGCGGUAUUGUUCUCGGCGGAUGUCGUCAAGACGGCAAUUGGGACAAGGAGGUUGAUCCCGAGCUGACAAAGACUAUCCUCCAACGUUGUUGCGCGUUGGCCCCAGAGCUGGGCAAGCCCGAAGACUUGAAGAUCAUCAAGCACGGCGUCGGACUGAGACCGAAUCGUAAAGGUGGGCCGAGAAUCGAGGCCGAGAAGAGAGACGAGGGGCUGGUCAUACAUAAUUACGGAGCAUCUGGGGCUGGAUAUCAGGCAUCUUGGGGAAUGGCAGCACAUGCGGUGAAGCUUGCAAAAUUGCAACUAACAAGUCAAACGCCCUCGUCAAAGCUUUAGGUCACGAUGACAUAUUCUCAAUCAUUACAAAUAUGGCGUCAAUACAAUCCUCAAUUCAUAAAACAGGAUUUUAUUAUCAUUCAUGGCAUUAGGUACUAAUAACUACUAUUUUUGGCAUGGAGCCUAGGGCAUCUAAACGCUGGGCCACUUGUAGUUCAACCAUUUCUCGAGUGUGCCGUUCCAAGAACCGCUCCCUAGCUGCACAUGGACCCAAGCAUCGACGAAAUGCUUCCAUACAAUAUCCCUUGGAACCGCAUAGCCAAGUUCCUCGAAGUUGAACGGUGCAUCAGGGUUGGCAAUGCAAAGCUCGCCCUCGUGCAGCUUGACCUGCAACUCAACCUCAAUGAGGUCAGAAAUCAUGGCAUCAGCAGUGCCGUCUAGCACAGCCUGGUACACAGCAUUAUUAUCCUCCACCAUGACAAUUGUUGCAGACUUGAGAUUCGCCCUGUCAAACGCCUCAUUGGUUCCGCCAGGGUUGACGGCAACCUUGACGCCGGCCUGAUCGAGCGAUGCGAGGUCGGUGUACUUGGCUGCAUCGGCGCAACGGAUGCAGGCUGUCUUGCCGACUCUUCGGAUCGCCGUUGAGAAGAAGGCAGUCUUAGCUCUUGCAAGAGUCAGGCUAACGCCACCCAUGGCAAUGUCGAAUUUACCAGCGGACAAGUCGCUCGUGAUGUUUGCCCAUUUCGUCGCGACGAGGCGGGGAGGCUUCGGCAGGCCAAGGGCGUUGGACAGGGACUGUGCGGCAUCGAUGUCGGCGCCAAUGUAGGUCGUGUUGAUUGCUGUAGUGUUCGGCAGGGUCGUUUGGUUCGUGACGAGGUACGUGAAAGGCUUGUAGUCCCCAGUUGUGCCGACGUUUAUGUAUCCGCGAGCAAGGAUGGUGUCGAGGACAGACGUAACAUUGGCAUACGAUAGAAGUGGUGCUGUCUCGCCAACUUGAGCUUGAGCGUAGGCGCUCAACGUGGAAGCGCCGAGAAGCGCUGAUGCCCAAACGUUCACCAUUGCGAUUGAGGAAUUGACGGGCUGAAAGAUCCAAUGCCGGGCGUGACUGAACAUGAGACGCAACAGCGAAUCGCCACAACUUUUAUUGUCAUCGUCAAGGGCCGAUCCCGGGGCCCCGCCAGCUCAUUUCGGAAAUCGGAAUAGACUCUUAUCGUCGG